UCUUCGUCUUCAUCUUCGCCCACCAACUCUUUAACUUUUGUUCUCCGAUGCUUGUUAUUUUUGUUUGUUUAUGACCUCUUUACUCAAUUCCUUAUCAUUCCCUUGUUUCUCCUCUUCUUCCUUCCGCCAUUGACGAAGCUUCAGCAAGGAGGCAACCGGAGGCGAGGCGGCGAUGCCAUCUCCGCCCUAAAGUUUUCAUCUUGCGCUCGAUUUGAUCUAAAAGGAGUUGACUUGCCGCCGUCGCAAGCAAGAUCGAACCAUUAAGAAUGCCGGCGACGGCGAAGUUUCCUCCUGUAAAGGAGUCGCCGUCGGCGGAGUGGGAGGUCCGACCUUGCGGGAUGGUCGUCCAGACGCCGUACGCUGCUGCCUCGUCGGCGGCGGCUGCCGCCGCCGUUCCUCCCGUCCCCAACAUCCGCGUCAAGGUCAAGCACGGCGCCGCCCGCCUCGACAUCUACAUCAGUUCCCAGGCCUCCUUCGGCGAGCUGAAGAAAGCUCUGUCGGCUCAGACGGGGCUCCACCCGCUCGACAUGAAGCUUAUCUACAAGGACCGGCCGCGCCCGUCGACGGCGUUCCUCGACGUCGCCGGCGUGAGGGACAGGUCGACGGUGGUGCUGGAAGAAGACCCCACAGCGCGCGCCAAACGCCUGCUCGAGAUGCGCAAGGCCAACACGAUGGAGAAGGCCGCCAAGUCUGUCUCCGCCAUUGCCCUCGAGGCCGAUCGCCUCGCCUCCAAAGUGUCGGCGCUGGAGGCGAUCGCCAAGAACGGGGGCAGGGUCGCCGACAACGACGUCAACAGCCUCACUGAAUCCCUGAUGAACGAGCUGGUGAAGCUGGACGCCAUUGCCGGCGAUGGAGACGCGAAAUCCGACAGGAGAUUGCUGAUCAAGAGAGUGCAGAAAUUUGUGGAAACACUCGAUUCGAUCAAAUUGAAGAACAAGAACAACUCGAUUGAACAAUUGCACAAACAAGAACAUCGAAACAAGCAUUCAUCUCAGCAUCCAAUGCUGCCCAAGGCGCCGGUGGUGAUGACAAUGAACUGGGAAACGUUCGAUUCCCUCUCGACGCCGUCGGCCUCCAACACCACCGUCACCGUCACCGCCGCCGCCACCUCCUCCGCGCCGCCCAAUCCUCACGCGAGCCUCGACUGGGAGCUAUUCUGAGCUCAACUUGCAUUGCCAUUGAAGUGACCUGCCAUGGAAACAAUGAUCGAUGUGUGUGAUUGCAUUUUGUUGCUGCUCUUUCAAUUCUGUUUAGAUGAUGAUGAUAUAUAUAUACUUUUAUCGACUUCUUUAUCGAAAAUUCUUUUGUGUAUAAUAAACUCUCAGUAAUCAUGUCCGAUCUGCCAUAGCAACUAAGUUCCAUUGUAUUUGGUGUGAUUGUAUUAUUUUUUUUUAAGCUUAGUACAGAGAUCAAAUCCCAGGGUGGAUGUAUAUUCCCUGGGAAAAAAUUUCUCA